UGCUCUUUAUUGAGUUCAUUCGCUCCGAUUUGAGCAUCAGCUGUCGGUGCGAGUCUGUUUGAGCCCGUUUGUGUCGCUCCUGAUUCUUAUCGCCUGCCCGGACCGCUUUGUGUGUAUUUACGCCGAAAUUAAACAUUCUUCAUCUCCAAACUAAUAUCCUCCUUUUUAUGCCUGUGCAGCGGCGGAGCGAACAAAAGUCUGGAGAAACAUUCAUUUUAUGUGAUGGACGAAAAUUGGGUAACAUCACAUUAUGAAAAGCUGUUUGUGUUUGAGCUGCAGAGGAAGAUUUGAGACACUAUUAUUAUUGCCAUUAUAGUUAAAAAAGGAAAAAUCCUAAUGUUAGCUGUCUGACGGCGUGACGUCAUCAGGCGCUCCACGUGCUUCUUGUUUACAGACAGACAGACUGAAGCAGUGGGACUGAUUGUGAAACUGCUCCUGGAUUGAGUUUCAGCGCUGAUCACAUGUUCUUCAUAUUGAGUUCUUCAUCAGAAUCAGUGACAAUCACCAGCACACGAUAUUAGACAGAAGAAUGUUCCAGAUGGUUCAGUUCUUAGUUCCCUCAGGGCCCAAGAGACCUGGUAAUAUCAGCGUUUCUCAGCCAACCGGACAGAAGCGGACUCAAACCGCUUCAUAUGAGUUUCUACAGCAUGUACGGACGGUCAGCGGUCUGAGACAGCAGGACAUGUUUUAUAACCUGCGUGUACCAAACCAGUUUCAGACCGACAGAGACGAGAUCAACCUGCUGCUGCUCACAGGUCACGGCGUGUUUUGUAUCGAUCUGAAGACGUGGAGCGGUUCUGUUUCGGCCCAGAUUGAGACUCAUGUCAAAGCGCAGCAGCAGACCUUCAGCAGCGUCUCCGUCGAGCAGCUGCCCGACGCGCUUCAGGCCAUUACGGUGAAAACCAGCAACCUCUGCAGUCACAUGAAGCGCAGCGGGCUGAACGUCCGUCCGUCUCUCUUCAUUCCCAGAAUCCUCCUGCUCUCUCCGGACUGUGUGCUCAGUGACGAGCUGCUGCAGACGGAGCAGCUGGUGUCCGGCGCUGACGUCCAGACGUUCCUGCGCUCGCUCCGGGAGGGAUACACGUCAUGGCUGUCGGACGCCUUCACCCCGUCCUGGAUCUCAGGUCACCUGUCGUACGGACAGAUGCGUGCGCUGCGUGAGCGGCUGGAGCUGAUGGGCACGUGGGAUCUGCUGCAGCUGUCCAGCGGUCAGGAGCUCAGCGGUGAUUUCCAGAGCUGCCAACAUCUGGCCAUCAACCGACAGGAAACUGACCUGCUGGAGUUCAACAGAGCAGGAAGUCUGAUUACUGACACACUGUGGAGUCUGCUGGGACACACACCACAGGUUUGUUUCUGUGCAGGUGACCGUCUCCAUGUACAAGCGAGGAGCUCAGGGCUGGCUGGGGAAACCGCUGAUCGCCACGGCAACAAUCCCCUCCAGCACACGUGUGAUCUUCCGCAUCCGAGGAGAAAUUACAGAUGCCAAGAUCCCGGCCGGCAGCAUCCGCUCCAUCACACUGAGCAUCUGAAGCUCUUCUCUGAUCCGUAGAAACUUGUUCUGAAAUCUGCUCUGCUUCUGCAACUCCAGCCGCUGAUCGUCUUCCCUGCUGGCACGACUAAUGUCUUCAUGUGGAUGAACAAAAUUGAGGGGGAAAAAAAUGAGGGAAAUUUCAUGAAUGAUCUUUUGGUGUGUCAAUGAUAUAUAUAUACAGUGCUCAGCGUAAAUGAGUACACCCCCUUUGAAAAGUAACAUUUUAAACAAUAUCUCAAUGAACACAAAAACAAUUUCCAAAAUGUUGACAAGACUAAGUUUAAUAUAACAUCUGUUUAACUUACAACAUGAAAGUAAGGUUAAUAAUAUAACUUAGAGAACAAAAUUUUCAGUUUUACUCAAAUUAGGGUGAUGCAAAAAUGAGUACACCCCACUGAAAGUCUCUGGAGCAAAGCUAAAUUUUAGACUACAAAUGUCUAAUUUAACAAGAAUUCAAGCACAGGUGAGUCUAAUUCUUCAUUACACAGGUGUCCAGCAGACAGCUGACUAUAAAAGGGUGUUAAAACCCCUUCCCAUUUCAUGCUGUCAGCAAUGGCACCACAUGGAAGAGAAAGGUCACAAGACCUGAGAAAGAAAAUCAUUUCUUUACACCAGAAAGGUGAAGAUCAGCAAAGCUUUACUUAUCAGUCAGAAUACUGUAGCAAAAGUGGUACAAAAAUUUAAAAAAGAUCUCACAGAGACGUCCAGGUCGUCCACGGAAGUUAACACCUCGACAGGAGCGUCUUCUGAUGAGAAGGGUUGAAGAAAAUCGGCAUGCAAGUUCACUGCAGUUAUCUAAUGAAGUAGAAAGCCAAACUGGGCUGACUAUUUCCCGUGACACAAUACGGCGUACACUGCAGAGGAAUGGCAUGCAUGGGUGCCGUCCACGAAAGAAGCCUCUCCUAAAGCCCAGGCACAAAAAAGCCCGUCUAGAGUUUGCCAGGGCCCAUGCUGACAAAGAUGAAGACUACUGGGACUCUAUACUCUGGAGUGAUGAGACCAAGAUAAAUGUUUUUGGAUCUGAUGGCUUCAAAACUGUAUGGCGUCGCAAAGAAAAAUGCAUGGUGCCUACAGUGAAAUAUGGUGGUGUCAGUGUCCUUAUGUGGGGCUGCAUGAGUGCUGCUGGUGUCAUUGAUGGCAUCAUGAAUUCACAGAUGUACUGCUCUAUACUGAAAGAGAAGAUGCUACCAUCACUCCGUGCCCUUGGUUGUCGUGCACUUUUCCAACAUGACAAUGAUCCUGAAGAACACAUUUCUGAAGAAGAACAGGGUGAAAGUGAUUCAGUGGCUCCUGAUCUGAACCCAGUCGAACACCUAUGGAGAAUUCUGAAGAGACAAGUUGAGCAUCACUCUCCAUCCAGCAUCCAGUCUCUAAAAGAGCUCAUUCUCGAAGAAUGGAAAAAGAUAGAUGUUGAAAAAUGUCGCCAACUUGUUCAUUCCAUGCCUAGAAGACUUGGUGCUGUCAUUAAAAAUCAUGGAGGCCAUACAAAGUACUAGAUGUAGUAGUUUUUGUUCUGGGGUGUACUCAUUUUUGCAUCAGUAAAAUGUGUAAUCUAAGUUAUAUUAUUAACCUUUCAUGUUUUAAGUUAAACAGAUGUUAUAUUAAACUUAGUUUUGUCAACAUUUUGAAAGUUGUUUUUGUGUUCAUUGAGAUAUUGUUUAAAAUGUUACUUUUCAAAGGGGAUGUACUCAUUUACACUGAACACUGUAAAUCACUGAUUCUUGAGAUAAGGGACAAAAAAAUCUCUAACAUUUUUUUCUUAGGUUAGGGUUAUUAUGAACAAUCCAGUUCCUAAAUUCCUUAAUUCCUCCUUUUUAAUAUUAAACAUAUAUAACCAAUGUUCUUGGGUAAAUCAGACAUGAUAUCAUGUAGUUCAGCUGAUGUUUUAAUAUUUUAACACAAUGAAUUGAAAAAAGAAUAAGACAUUUCUUUCAAAAUUAACAAAAACCUUCACCUGACGGUGUUAAAUACUGUCGUGUUGACAAAUACUGACGGAGCUGACAUAAUGACGAAGUUGACAAAUACUGACGGAGUUGACACAUAACGACGGAGUUGACAAAUAUUGACGGUGUUGACACAUAAUGACGGAGUUGACAUACUGACGGAGUUGACACAUACUGACGGAGCUGACAUAAUGACGGAGUUGACAAAUACUGAUGGAGUUGACACAUAACGACGGAGUUGACAAAUACUGACGGUGUUGACACAUAAUGACGGAGUUGACAUACUGACGGUGUUGACAAAAACUGGCGGAGUUGACAAAAACUUACGGUGUUGACACAUAAUGACGGAGUUGACAUACUGACGGUGUUGACAAAAACUGGCGGAGUUGACAAAUACUAACGGUGUUGACACAUAAUGACGGAGUUGACAUACUGACGGUGUUGACAAAAACUGACAGUGUUGACAAAGGUCCAGCUGGGGCCAAAUAUGUAAAUAGAAUCAUGAAACAACAUUACAAGAAUUCCCCCUAUGCAAAAAAAAAAAAAUAAAUUUAAUCACAUUACAGUAUAUAGACUUUUUGAGAGCACUUGACAACCAUCAGACAUAAAACCUGAUAGAGUUGACAUCUGACGGAGUUGACAAAAUUGAAUUUUUUUUAAACCUCAACCACAUGUUGUACAGUGGAGCAGUUUUGUUGUCUUUCUUCAGUUGUAGCUGCCUUAAUAAACACAUCAAAAUGCCAUGAUUUAUCCCACAACUAUUUACAGAAACUGUUACACCAGGAUGACGGAGUUGACAUGUUAAAUCUUUGAACACAGAGACUUCAACAUUGUUUGUUUCAAAUAUAAAAAAAUAUAAAACUUCCAUGUGUCCUACUGUGAGAUCCACAAUGAGCGGGAAAUAGUAAGUGCUCCUCAGAGUUAAAGAUGACCAUACUGAUUCAUACUGAGUUGAUGCAAAGUGAGGACAACUUUGAUAGCCAUUUUUUAUGGAAAAUAUAAUUUGACUAACUUUUUGUAUUUGAUAUAUUACAGAUCUCUGCCUUUCAAUUUAAAUGUAUAUUUUUGAAUUUGUUGCAAUUUUAAACACUUUGUUUGGCAAUUUUACAUUGUGACCUCAUGAUGAGGACAGGCUAAAUUACAUGUAUUUUCCAAGAAUAGAGCAUGUUUUUAAAUAAUACUAACAAAGUUAUUUAAAAAAUAAAAGCAAUGAAUGUCCUGAGUAUCUAGAUUUCCUUUAGAUUUCCUGUAACUUUUUAAGUAUUUUUAUUUUGAUGAAUUUAUUUAUUUUUAACAUAAAGAGGACUUUUGUGUGUAGGACAUGUUUUGUCCCUUAUCUCAAGAAUCAGUAAUAUAUAUAUAUAUAUAUAUAUGCAUAUGCUGUAUCUGAUGUUUAAGUUAUAAAGUUAUAGUUUUAGUUAUAGAUUUUAGUUUUGCCCAUUGCUCAGAAAUGUUUAACUUUUCUAUCAAACUCUUUUCUAUGAACCCCUUCUGGCCUCGUUUGUGAGAAUAUUCAGGUGGUGAGGAUAUUUUGAUCUGUUAAAGCUUCAUAAAUAUUUUUGUAAUCUCUAUUUUGUCACUUAAUUUAGAAUAAUUGAUAUUUCAUGCUAUUUUAAUGGCUAUAAUGCAAUAAAAUACAAAUUUCUGUCUCAAAUAAA